GAUAACUCAGCUCCUUCCUUUGCUACUUGUGUGCCUGCCUUUUUUGGAUGGUUUAUUGGUUACUGACCAUUUCUCCUCAACUUUCCUCCUCUUUCAAAGGGGACGGGAUUGGUGCUGUUCUCUUUCUGGAGAGAAAGACAUCCUUGGUCAUCUAAAGCAUUGCACUCUCUUCCUGAGAGAGGCAAUGGCCACAGCAGGGAACGACUCCUUCAUUGCCGAGGGAAUGACUCCGCCACAAAGGAUCCUCUUUCCCCCCGAGAAGAUUUGCAUGGUCUGGCAGCAAAGACAGAGUGCUGGAGCAGGACUCCGCAAUGUGGGCAACACAUGCUUCCUUAAUGCUGUCCUGCAAUGCCUGACAUACACCCCGCCGCUGGCCAACUAUCUGCUCUCCCGGCAGCACAGCCAGGCCUGUCGCCAACAAGGCUUCUGCAUGAUGUGCAUCAUGGAAGCGCAUGUUAACAAGGUCCUGCAUUCAGUCAGUGCCAUCCUGCCUUUGGCUGUUCUCAGGGCUUUCAGAUUCAUAGGAGAACAUUUUCAGCUUGGCAGGGAGGAAGAUGCCCAUGACUUCCUUUGCUGUACUGUCAAUGCCAUGCAGAGAGCUUGUCUGGGUGCAAGCAACGACUUGGACAUAUCAUCUCAACCUACUACCAUUGUCCAUCAAAUAUUUGGAGGCUUUCUGAGAUCCAGAGUCAUCUGCUUCAGCUGCAAAGCCAUUUCUGAUUCCUAUGAGGCCUUCCUGGAUGUCCCCUUGGAUAUCAAAGCAGCCUCAUCCCUCCCUGCAGCUCUGGAGGACUUUGUAACACCUGAGCACCUGGAUGGUGAAAACUGCUUUCAAUGUAGCAAGUGUGAGAAGAAUGUUGCCGCCACUAAGAGGUUCACUGUCCACUGUGCACCCAAGGUUCUCACUGUGUGUCUGAAGAGGUUUGACUGCUUCACUGCUGGGAAGAUCAGCAAGGUUGUAGAGUAUCCGGAGUACUUGGAUCUUCGCCCAUACAUGUCUCAGGCAGAUGGAGAACCACUCCUCUACUCCUUAUAUGCUGUCCUGGUGCACAGUGGUGUCAGCUGUCAUGGAGGACACUAUUUCUGCUACACAAAGGCCAGCAAUGGAUUGUGGUACCGGAUGGACGAUGAAUCUGUGCAGCUGCGUUCCAUUGACACAGUUCUCAGGCAGCAAGCCUACCUGCUGUUCUAUGCCAGGUAAUAACCAGGAUUCAAAUCUGUUCAGAAUACAUUUCCUUUUCCUCAUUUGCACUUGUGCUUCUCACCUUCCUGAGUGUUUUUCUCAUCAAAUGAAAUUACUACCUGCAUCAUUCAGUGCUGUCAAAUCUGAACUACUCCGUGUCU